AUGACUGCAGCUAGCAAGGGACAUGUACCACAGUCUUCCGGCCGCGUGAAGGCUAUCCAGCCCGCUUCUUGCUCAUAUAGCCGGACUUCCGUUGCUCCAGGCACCGAUUUCUCAACACCUCUGUCAAGAAUGAUGCCCAUCUCAACUGAAUACUGGUGCUCUGCUCUGGCCAGGCUCAUUGAAACGUCCCGAGCUGGUGCUGGAGUCCAGUUGAUCGAUGCGACGUGUAUCGAGAAAGCUGAAUUUCCCACUGAUUUCGCCUCGGCGAUUGCUACUACUGCUAGUACUGUCUCUGCUGCCAACGAAUUUCUCUCCACUCCAUCUCAUGCAGUCCCUUCUGGUUCUGCCACCGCCUCGAAUUCGGGCAUUAGGCAUGUGUUUUUGACAAAUUAA